AUGCCGAAAAUGCUUAGUACCGAUGAUGGGAUGACAGAUUACUCAUCCGACCACGGACUCGUAAUGGCUGGAUCGGUCUCCUACAUUCCCGUGCCAGGGUUGCAAAGCGACAAAGUCAAAGCUCUGAUGGCAGGACCGGGAAGAUCUACUGUUAUCAUGUACCGGUCGCGUAAGGAACAUAUGCUACAAGUUGGGGACGUGAUUCUUGACGAAUCGCUUUCCUGCAUUAUCGAGGAGGUCUUUGACAUCCUUGAUAUUUCGAACAAUAGGCUGGCCCACCAACGCAAGGAAGAUGAGAUUGACUUGAAUAUUCUCGGUGUUCUAGGAAUGCCAGCGAUUCUUCACUUCGCCGGGUCAAAAGGCUCACUACUACGACCAAUUAGAUAUGGUUGCAACGUUUGGCCAGCAAGUCGAUCUUGGGAACCAGGGUUUCCUCUUAGGCCUCCUCCGACAAACAUGAUCAUGCGAGAGACUUGGCAGGGUCAGCCUCAGGAAAUAGCAGGAGCCUCGAGCACGUCUCCUUCAACCGCUCCGGAUCAUUACUCCCGACUCCUCAUCAUUGCCCGAGAUGGAGGCCUAGAGGUUUAUGCUCCUGCCUCUCGUAAAGGCAAGAAGGGAGUUUGGCUCUGUAGAAUGACCAUGUACAAGGUUACUACCACAGAAGAUUUAAGGACAGUCAAGAUUCCCAUGGAAGCUAGUCGCGGGUACGGAGAGAGUUCAGCCGCAGCUCGCCAAGAUACAGCUAAACAAAUAAUCCGCCAGCUCCACAAUAUCGAAAAAUGA